AUGGUCCCACUAGGUGUGCUGUACUUGGUCUCCUUUGCAUCUAUGGUCGGAGCCACCCCGACAGCGGACCCGGGGCUGGACGGUUGUCUGCAGACAGACCCGGUGUCUUGUGUUCGGGACGAAGUGUUCAGGAGUUUGAGCUCUCUCUUCGGCGAGGACAGUGCGGAGUUUAUGCAGAAUGUGUCGAGUGAGUUGGACGAGGAAGCUGAAAGUGCAGAGAGACGAAUGCGUGCGAUGCACGGCGCCGGAGCCGAGGGGGCUGAGCCCCCGGGUAUAAACGGCAACCAAAGUCCCGAGCCCGGAGGCAGACCCGACACGUAUGAUGCUGUGUUUGAAGGCAGAGGAAAGAAGCUGAAGAAGUUGUUACCGCUCUUGCUGGUACUAAAGGUACAGUACUUUAUCUACGGAGUGAUCGCCUACGUGGUGGUGGCGCUGAUAGCCAAGGCCGCGCUGAUCAAGAGCUCGCUGGCACUAGUGCUGGCCGGGCUGUUCCUGCUGAGGAAGCUGCUGUCGCCCCAUGGUCCGCUGCUGACGAGGCAUGAGGUCAAGGUGCACGGGUCGGGUGGGGGAGCGGGAGGUGGCCACGGAGCGGGUUGGGACAGCUAUGCCUCUGCACACGCCGACCACCACAAGCAGUACGCCCACAACAUGGCUUACAGCAGCCAGAAACCUGUGGGAGGCAGAUAG